ACUACAGCUGCACCAACAACAACUACAGGUGCACCAACAUCCAAUACAGCUGCACCAACAACCACGACAGCUGCACCAACAACCACUACAGCUGCCCCAACAACCACUACAGCUUCACCAAAAACCCCAACAGCUGCACCAACAACAACGACAGCUGCACCAACAUCAACUACAGCUGCACCAACAUCCACUACAGCUGCACCAAGAGCCACGACAGCUGUCCCAACAUCCACAACUGCUGCACCAACAACCAUGACAUCUACACCACCAACCACUACAGCUGCCCCAACAACUACGACACCUGCACUAACAUCCACUACAGCUGCACAAAAAACCAAGACAGCUGCUCCAACUACCACGACAUCUCCACCAACAACUACAACUGCUGCACCAUCAACCACAAAAGCUGCACCAACAACCACGACAGCUGCAACAACAUCUACAACUGCUGCACCAUCAACCACAAAAGCUGCACCAACAACCACGACAGCUGCACCAACAACCACGACAGCUGCAACAACAACCACGACAGCUGCACCAACAACCACGACUGUUGCACCAACAACCACAACAGCUGCACCAACAUCCACUACAGGUGCACCAACAUCCACGACAGCUGCACCAACUACCACGACAUCUCCACCAACAACCACUACAGCUUCACCAAAAACCCCAACGGCUGCACCAACAACCACGACAGCUGCACCAACAUCCACUACAGACAGCUGCUCCAACUACCACGACAUCUCCACCAACAACUACAACUGCUGCACCAUCAACCAGAAAAGCUGCACCAACAACCACAACAGCUGCAACAACAUCUACAACUGCUGCACCAUCAACCACAAAAGCUGCACCAACAACCACGACAGCUGCACCAACAACCACGACUGUGCACCAACAUCCACGACAGCUGCACCAACUACCACGACAUCUCCACCAACAACCACUACAGCUUCACCAAAAACCCCGACAGCUGCACCAACAACCACGACAGCUGCACCAACAACAACUACAGGUGCACCAACAUCCAAUACAGCUGCACCAACAACCACGACAGCUGCACCAACAACCACUACAGCUGCCCCAACAACCACUACAGCUGAAGCAACAUCAACUACAGCUGCACCAACAACCACGACAGCUGCACCAACAGCCCUGACUACUGCACCAACAACCACGACUGUUGCUACAACAACCACGACAGCUGCACCAACAACCACUACAGCGGCUCCAACAACCACUACAGCUGAAGCAACAUCAACUACACCUGCACCAACAACCACGACUGUUGCAACAGCAACCAUAACUACUGCACCAACAACCACAACAGCUGCACCAACACCCACGACAGCAGCACCAACAGCCACGACAGCUGUACCAUCAUCCACAACUGCUGCACCAACAACCAUGACAUCACCACCAACAACCACUACAGCUUCACCAACAUCCACUACAGCUGCACCAAAAACCACUACAUUUGCCCCAACAACCACUACAGCUGAAGCAACAUCAACUACAGCUGCACCAUCAACCACGACAGCUGCACCAACAGCCCUGACUACUGCACCAACAACCACAACUGUUGCAACAACAACCACGACAGCUGCACCAACAACCACUACAGCAGAAGCAACAUCAACUACAGCUGCACCAACAACCACGACAGCUGCACCAACAGCCCUAACUACUGCACCAACAACCACGACUGUUGCAACAACAACCAUAACUACUGCACCAACAACCACGACAGCUGCACCAACACCCACGACAGCUGCACCAACAGCCACGACAGCUGCACCAAAAACCACUACAGCUUCACCAACAUCCACUACAGCUGCACCAAAAACCACUACAUUUGCCCCAACAACCACUACAGCUGCACCAACAACCACUACAGCUGCCCCAACAACCACUACAGCAGAAGCAAUAUCAACUACAGCUGCACCAACAACCACGAAGGCUGCACCAACAGCCCUAACUACUGCACCAACAACCACUAUAGCUACACCAACAUCCACUACAGCUGCACCAACAUCCACUACAGCUGCACCAACAACCACGACAGCUGCACCAACAACCACUUCAGGUGCACCAACAACCACGACAGCUGCACCAACAACCACUACAGCUGCCCCAACAACUACGACACCUGCACUAACAUCCACUACAGCUGCACAAAAAACCAAGACAGCUGCUCCAACUACCACGACAUCUCCACCAACAACUACAACUGCUGCACCAUCAACCACAAAAGCUGCACCAACAACCACAACACAAGCACCAACAAUUACUACAGCUGCACCAACAUCCACGACAGCUGCAACAACAUCUACUACAGCUGCACCACCAACCACGACAGCUGCACCAUCAGCCUCAACUGCUGCCCCAACAACAACGACAGCUAAACCAACAUCUAUGACAGCUGCACCAAUUACCAAGACAUCUCCACAAACAACCUCUACAGCUGCACCAACAACCAUGACAGCUGGACCAUCAACCAUAACUACUGCACCACCAACCACUACAGCUGCAUCAACAACCACGACUGUUGCACCAACAACCAUGACUGUUGCACCAACAACCAUGACUGCUGCACCAACAACCACAACACAAGCACCAACAACUAUAACACAAGCACCAACAACCAAGACACAAGCACCAACAACCACAACUGCUGCACCGACAACUACAACAGCUGCAUCACCAACCACUACAGGUGCACCAAUAACGACUACAGCUGCCCCAACAGCCACGACAGCUGCACCAACAACCACGACACCUGCACUAACAUCCACUACAGCUGCACCAGCAACCACGACAGCUGCACCAUCUACCAUGACAACUACACCAACUUCCACUACAGCUGCAGCAACAUCAACUAAAGCUGCACCAACAACCACGACUGCUGCACCAACAUCCACGAUUGCAACAACAACAUCCACUACAGCUGCACCAACAACCACGACAGCAGCACCAACAACCAUGACAGCUGUACCAACAUCCACUACAGCUGCACCAACAACCACGACAGCUGCAAUGAUAAUCACAACAGCUGCACAGACAACCACGAAAGCUGCAACAACAACCACGAAAGCUGCACCAACAACGUUGACUACUGCACCAACAACCAUGACAGCUGCACCAACAUCCACGACUGCUGCCCCAACAACCACGACAGGUAAACCAACAUCCACGACAGCUGCACCGGCAACCUCAACACAAGCCCCAACUACCAUAACACAAAGACCAACAACAACAACACCACAAGCACCAACAACCACAACAGUUGCACCAACAACCACGACAGCUGCACCAGCAGCCCUGACUACUCCACCAACAACCACUACAGAUGCACCAACAACCAUAACUACCGCACCAACAACCACUACAGCUCUGCACCAACAACCAAGACAGCUGCACCAACAAUCACGACUGCUGCACCAACAACCACAACAGCUUCACAAACAACCAUGA